UUACCUUGCUUCCACUCGCAACUCGUUUCUUAUCACAAUGAAGCGCUUUUGGGGCCUUCGUGGACGCUGGCUGAACGCCGCCAUAUGGGCUUUGGCCAUGUUUGCGAUCAUGAUCUUUGGUUACAACCAAGCCGUGGCCGGCGGAGUCCUCACCACGGCGUCCUUCAACAGGCAAUUCCCCGAGAUGGAUGUGAUUGAUGCAACGGGGCCCCAGAAGCAUUACAACUCCACUAUCCAAGGCACCGUUAUCGCCCUCUACACCCUGUGUGGCACAUUUGGGGCUCUAGCCUGCACAUUUCUAGGCGAUGUUCUCGGACGACGGGGCACGAUCUUUCUGGCGACCGCAGUCCAGAUGGUCGGCGCCAUCCUGAUGGCAUCCUCGUUUUCCUUUGCGCAAUUCAUUGUUUCCCGCAUCGUCGUGGGCUUGGGGACGGGCGGUAUCAUUGCAACCGUCUCGGUCUGGCAGUCUGAGCUCUCCAAGGCGGAGAGUCGUGGUGAACACGUAUCAGCGUUUGGCAUAUUUUGCGGCCUCGGCCUGGUACUGGCUUUGUGGCUCGACUUCGGUUUCUCCUACUACUCCGGGUCGGUGUCAUGGCGCUUGCCAUUCGCAUUUGAAGUCGUCCUCUCUGUUAUCGUCUUAGCCUUCAUCUUUACCCUGCCCGAAUCUCCUCGCUGGCUAAUAAAGAUGAACCGUGUGGAGGAGGCGCGUGAGAUCAUCGGUCUGCUCUACAACAUCGACCCACUCGACGAUGAGGUACAGAAAGAGAUUCGCGAUGUCGAGUCGGCGCUCGAGCUCGCUGGGACUGUGUCUCUCAAGGCUUUGUUCAAAAUGGGACCUCAGAGAACGUUUCAUCGAGUUGUGCUGGCCGCGAGCGUGCAGAUCUUCCUUCAAAUGACUGGUGUCAAUGCAAUCACAUAUUACGCCUCCUCCAUCUAUGAAUCCGACCUGCACUUCGACGCGACACUCUCUCGCAUCCUCGCCGCGGCGUCACAAUUCGCCAUCAUCCUGGGCUCAUGUCUCUGUUCAUGGACAGUCGACCGCUUUGGCCGACGCAAACUGAUGCUGUUCAGUUCUAGCAGCAUGGCCGUCUGUAUGGCCUGCCUGACAGGACUAGUGUCGAACCCGAACAACAGCUCAGCCCUCAAGGCGGCCGUCUUCUUCCUGUUCCUUUAUUACGUCGUCUACACGAUUGGCUUCUUGGGAAUCCCGUUCCUGUACGCUUCGGAGAUCGCCCCGGUGCACCUGCGCGCCGCGGUCUGCGGCAUAUCCACGGCUGUGUCGUGGCUGUUCAACUUCCUGGUGGCCGAAAUCACGCCUGUGGCCUUCACGGACAUCGGGUACCAGUAUUUUAUCGUGUACGCGGCGCUCAACGCGGCCUUUGUGCCCAUAAUCUUCUUCCUUUUUCCAGAGACCGCGGGCCGCAGCCUCGAGGAGAUGGACGAGAUCUUCGCCGCAUCAAAGUCCAUCUUCGAUCCCGUGCGAGUGGCACGCAAACUGCCCCAUCGCCACCUCGACGAGUUCUUGCGCCAGGAGGAGACUGUUGCCCAGGUGGAGCCCAAGGGUUCGACCGGCGAGGGUGAGGCCGUCCAGCAUGUGGAGAAUCCGGAGAACCUGGAUUUGCCCUCCACGGAGAAGAACGAGGUGUGAUUCCUUGCCAGAGACUUCAGAUUAGCAUAGAAGGAUGGGGAAAGGUUUUGGAGGUGGUUGGGCAAAGCGAAAAGGAGGGGAAACGUUCCGGAAGUUUG